AAACAUGGCCGCACCUGAAGAUGUCCUUUAUCUUGAAGCAAGAGCUGUAUACGGUAGAGAGUUUGAUACGUGGGUUGCUAGUCUCAUACAGAUUCUACAGUCCAAGGAUCGCGGAAUCAACUGCCUCUCGUUCUUAAGGCAACUUCUUGUACUUGCUUCAGUCACCAAAUACAACAGAAACUUGUCGUCACAUGUUUAUCGUAGCCUGAAGGCGAUAUCGUUAGAGCCUGACCAAGGACAGGCUAAGAUACGAAUUCUAGCGGCCGCAAUCUUGAGGGAACUCUCGCCCCUCCAAAAGACGCUAUUACGGGAUUUUGUUGCACCAACUGAUCCACAGAACAUACCGUACAUAAUACCAGUACUCCUGGCUCAGUCUAAUGUAAGGGAGCAGUCUACAUUCCUCAUUCUUCACAUUUGCAGAUGGCUGUCUUUACCUGGUAUUGAAGAGGACUUGUGUCUCUCUGCUCUCUCUGCCCUUCACACUAUCAUCUCUCACUCAACAGUCUUUGAUAAAUUUAGUGAAGAUCAAGUCGAAUUGGUUCACUCUAAACUGUGCCAGUGGUUGAAACAAGCUAGCAGGAACUCUCUCUCCCUUACCUCCUCUUUAUUUAGCAGUGGAGGGAAGAAACAAGUCGUUCCAGUGAAGGAAAUUGAUGGAUCUACUGCUCAAGAUAUAUUCACAAUCCUCAGCAUUGGUGAUUUUUAUUCAUGCGAUCAGUUGCUAAACAUCAAAGCAUUCUCGAUGCUUCGUCGUUGGAUACUCGUCUCUCGUAAGUCAACACUAGCUGGACACUCUCCUUCUCCUGGGGCCACACCUACUCCUGAAAGCUUCUAUCAAGAUCGUGAUCGUAGUUCUCCUCCCUUUAGUAGUCUAACAGUUUCGAUGGUUGGAAGAACUGCUACUCCUCCAUCUCACACCUCCACGCCCUCUCUCACCCAGUCCCUCUCCUUACGUACAGCGACUGAUGCUCCUGAUAUCACUAGUGUAGCACUCCAGUACUGCAUGAGAGUGAUCAACCAGUGCGAGAGGAAGCCACUGAAGAAUACUGAUGACGAACUGAUAAAAGCAUGUUUAUACGAGUCGGUUGAAUUGUUGGAUUUAUUGUGUUCCUUAAAAAGGCGAGUAAUCCACGAGGUACUGGCAACAGUUAAAACCUUAUUUACUCGUAUAUCACAAGAUGAGACCUACACUAGAGUACUGCUGGCUCUCGUCAAAUUCUUUAUUAAUCAUGGUGAAUCUGAAUAUAGCUACGAACCAUCAGUUCAGACAUUUUUUGGUGACGUACUUAGCAAUAAAUUCAAUGAUCCUGGGAUAGCCUAUGAUACUGUUGAUUUCUGUAUUUCUAAUUUGGAGAAGCUGUGCAGCUCUACAUCAAUCCUUACCAAAUAUUUCCCCAAUCUACUUAAGAUUCUUGCCUGGUCACCGUCAACAUACAUUUCAGAGUUUGUUGAGCUCUUGCCAGCUUUUAUCAGUGAGACAACUGCAUCUGAGGUUCUACACAGUUUGUUGGAUCUACCUUGCCUCUCUGCUGUCUUAACUGCCAAUUACCUUCUAACUAAUGUUCCAUUGGCUGUUGAGCAAGGUCUGCUCCCUCAAUACACAAAGUGUUUGCUAGCAUUGCAGGAUCAGACUCAUAAGCUAAUGUUUGGACAUUUUCUAAGAGUUGAGAGUGGCAGAGGAGACACCAUUGACAGGUUGAGUUAUAUGCAUGAGAUAUUGGAAGAUUUCAAUGGUCACUUGAGAGUAGUCAGUGCUGGUGAUGUAGUCCCUUUAUUGCUAAAGAUGUUCUUUAAAGUGGUAAUACAUUUUGGUUCAAAGACUCUUCUCUCUGAACUAUUCAAUGUUCUACUUGAGAGAAGUCUCUGCCUUUUCGACAUUCCUUCGUACAAUGAUGAAGUCAGAAAAGUUGUUGCCGAGAAAAUGGUCGACAUAUUCAAAACCCAUCCUUCAUUGUUGGUAGAGAAGUCUCACGACAUUAAUGAAGUCCUAAUGAACCUCAGGACACUAAAGGCAGGCGGAGGAGAAGUCUAUCUUCACUUGGUAUGGAUAGUGGGAGAGUUUGCACACACUGGGUAUGACUCAAGAUGUUCAGCAGCUCUUCUCUCUAAAUUCUUUGAAACGUUAGAGAUGGUUGGUUAUGAGAUAUCGCAGCACAUUGGUCAGUUCAGUGGUUACACUGUCCGUUUGAUGAUGGUACUAAUGAGCACGUUAGCUAAGCUAGCCUCACGUUGUCAGGAUCUAAUACCACGCGCUCUGCUAUCACUCAACAAGAUUGUUAAUCAGAGCAUACAAAAUAUUUCAGCUGUUUCUCAUCGAAAGCUCAUAUUCACGAGAAUGAGUGAGCUCAGUAAUAUAUUAAAAAUGCCGAGUGUUGCAUCAGCUGUUCUUACUCCUCCCCCCAACUGUUGCAACCCUGAGGAGGUCCUACGUCAGAUGAACAUUGCUACCAUAAUGCAGUCCACUACUUCAUUAAUAUCUGGAAACAAUCUGCCAGCCACUGUCACGCUUUCACCUACAGCUGCUACUUGAUCACUUUUGGACAGGGU